AUGCUCUCUACCGCAAGGCAGGGCGCGCUCCUUGCGCCCCGCCUAGCUGGUUCUAUUUCUCGGCUCCCUGCAGAGUCCAGCCUCCAAGCACAAGCGCGUGCUUUGCGACCACAUGCCGGUCAACGCGGCUUCGCGAGUGCCGCCGCCUACGACCUGCAGAGGUCAAACCCGGAAAAGGGUCAGUCGGCGAGUGCUGGACAAAGCGGUCACUCGACCUACGCGCCGACCAACCCUCCACCGAUCACUGCCAGCCGAUGGCACGCGGUGGACCCAACAGGCGACAAGUUGAGAGCUGGCGAUCGCUUCAGCCGCCAAGUGCCCCAUGAUCCCAUCGGCGCCUUGCUUUCCAUCGCCAAAAUGUCACGAGCCGACCUGACAACUAUCAACCUUAGAGAUAUCCGCGCAGUCCUCUUCUUCAUCCGCGACAACGUUAAAUCAGGCGCUAUCAUUGACAUCGGCAGUGUCAAUUUCGACGACGCAGGUGUUGCCCUCACCCGAGUCACUGCUAUUAUCCAAAACGCAUCUGCAACUAGCACUUCCAAGCAGGCAACUGCCUCGGCCCGUCGCUUGAUCCGCUCUCUUCUUUACGCGGCUAUGGUAUUUCGCGCCCGCGAACUGUUCUUCGACAUUUGGAACGUUAAGAUAGAGGACGAGCGCCUCGGUGGUCCGUCCAUAAUGGACGCUCUGGGCGUCGCUCUUGAUGUUGCUCAGCUCAAGGAGUGGGAAUGCCUGGCAAGAAUGUUGUCAAUGACGGCUCAACUCCCCGUCGCCUUGUGGACACCCAAGCUCGUAGAACUGGGCAUGAAGGCAAACGUCGUGGUGAAGCGACCAUCGGUAGCGGUCGAGCUGUUCAGUAUUCUCUCCAAUACCACCACGGACGCCAAGGGCAUCUUGAUCCAGGCUCAUCUUGAACAGGGCAACAUUGAAGCUGCUCAGCAAGCAGUUAACGUGGCCACGGGCUCCAAUGUCCCCAUUGUCGACUUGCAAAUGUCUCUGCUCCGUGGCUACCGUGCUCUGGGACACGACGACAGGCUAGAGGAGCGUGUUCGCGCAUCCCUGGCACACGUCGGGGCUCCAAUGGCGGCGCCAAUCCUGAACGAGUUUAUUCGCCUGCGACUAGCCGACAACGAUCUAGAACGAGCAAAACAACUUCUCUCCGAGUUCCACUUCUUUGGCGACGGUCCCAACGGCGUGGAGCCUGACCAGACGACCAUCGCACUAGCAUUGUCGCUCCAGUCCAAGGUCAAGGGUACCGACAUUAGCGCCAUUGACAAGUUGUGGAGAUUCGCCGUCGCUGAUCCCAAAAUCGUUACCGACCAGCUGGUAGCACAUCUAUGUCGGUCACUGGACCGGCUUGGGCAUUUCGACGCCGUUUAUGAUAUGUUCGCCGCCGCUUGCAAGGGAAAGCCCUCGUCGUGGGACUUUCCAGCCGGCUACCGACCCGGCAUUGUUGUGGCAAACACUGUGCUCCAGCUUGCGCUUCGUUAUCAACGAUACGAGGGUCUUGUCGCUGUGGCCGAACUCAUGAGGGAGGCUGGUAUUAAGCCGAACGAAUGGACCGUGAUGGAGGUGCUCAAGUUUGCCAAGAACAACCUCCUAUCGUCACCCAUUUCCCUCAGCCGCCUCCUCCACCAGCUGUCCACUCGAACCAACGUGCCCAUGACGAUGGGGCAAAUCAACGUUGUGCUCGCUGAGGCUGUGCGUGUCGCCUUGCGCACUCCACCAGGAGACGAUCCCAAGCACAUUGAACGUCCGUCGUCUGAUGGCCCGCAGUUGAUGGACCCGAACGCCAUUGCCCUGCGCGGUGAGUUACAGAAGCUGCUCCAGACCCGUAUCAACACGCUCGCCGAGCAGGGUCAGACGUCUGGCCGUGAAAACCUCCACACGCGACUCAUGUACGACGUCGUCCCAUUCAGGAGUGCUGCUCCCCCGCAAAGGUCCAUCCAGGCGACAUGGGAUGUGUUCGUCAAGCGCGGCUUCCGUCCAGGUGAGAGGCACUACCGGUCUCUUAUGAAAGCCUACGUCGAGUGUGACGACAUGAUCGAGGCCGAAAGGGUUAUGGAUCAUGCUGCUGCGGACAUGGUCAAGCCGUCGCGAUGGAUGUACCACCUUCUCAUCCGCGGCUGGGCCGAGAAGGGCGACGUCAAGCGCUCUCGCAACAUGUACGAGCUAUUGCGCCGUGAGGUUGGCGUCGACUCGGCCGCCGUCAUGAAGAUGAUCAACGCUCUUGCCCUGGUGGAGCCAGACGCGGCCGUCACGCUCGCCAAGCGCGAGUGGAACACGAUCAAGCUGGACGACAGUUCCCUAGCGUCCAUUGCCCGAGCCAUUAGCCGUACUGGUGACUCCGCCGGUGCCAUCUUCUUCCUCGCACACUACUGCUGGAGGACGGGCAAAAUACCCGAAACCCGUCCAGAGGACGUCCUUGAAGACAUCACCCCAACCAUCAAGUUCCCCGAUCUCCAGGGCCCCCCGCCUUUGCACGGCAAAACAACCUCGUGGACCAAGUACGAGGAGACCAUCAACGGCACUUACAGCAACCCGGGCUUCUUUCGCCUCGCGCUGCACACAGCCAAGGAGGUGAAGCAUAUACUCAAGUGGAUGGCCAAGCAAGACUCGACACAGACUGAACGUCGUGACAACGAGGCCUACCGCCUCGGUCUCCGCAUGCUGGGCGAGGAUGACGUGUCCCGCCCACACCGCCUGCGUCGCCAGCCAGAGCUGAGAAAGUUCAACCGCAAACUUAUCGUUGACAAUUUCGCUGUCAAGCGGUACGGCCAGAAUUCUGACCCCUUCCAGCAAUUUGAGAAGCCACCCGUCGCUUCGUGGCGAGACAAAGACGAUCAGGACCUGAAUUAG